AUGAAUGAGGAAUACGAUGAACAGGUGUCUAAGCCGGAUGACUUUGAUGAGGAGGAUUAUGUUGAUUCCAUCGGGAUGCUUGAGCUCCUGGUUAGGCCUGGAAAGACAAUCGAAAUUCCGAUUUAUCCUGGAAAAGAAGUUCGAAUUGGUAGAGACGGACAGAAGUGUCCUUACAUUCUCAGAGAUGAUACCGUCUCCAAGCAGCAUUUCCGAAUCUAUUCGAUCAUCUAUGAGAAGGACAAGCUCCAUGACUUCCCACCUCUGAUCUAUUGCGAAGAUCUGGAGUCCACCAAUGGCACUUAUAUCAACGAUUUAUGCAUCGGAAUGAUUUGUCGAGAAAGAAUCGGCCAUCUCCUCAGCGAUGGAGAUAUCAUUGAGAUCAAGCCAAAAACACGCUUUCGAUUCCACCAACCAAUCCACCAGCCCGAAUUUCGAACCAAAAAGCAAUUCGAUGAUCUUGAGGUUUAUUUCAAGGAUCGUUUCGAAGUCUCCGACCGUGUUCUUGGUCAAGGCUCUUAUGGCGCAGUAUAUCUAGCCAAGGACGUUUUAACAUCAAGGCAAAUGGCAUGUAAGAUUGUCGACUUGGAUGUAGCUGCUCAUAGACUCACCGAAGACUCGGUAUCCGAGAUAGUUGGCGAAGCGUGGAAUGAGCGAGUUCGUCGUGUUGCCCGUGGCAGGGAGCUUGUCAUGCGUGAAAUCAAAAUUCUCUCGAAGCUCAGCCAUCCUCACAUCGUCAAUCUCAAGAAAGCAUUCGUCUCAAGUGGUGCUCUAUACAUGCUCACAGAACUUGCGCCUGGUGGAGAUCUCUUUUCAUACAUAGAUUUUCAUGGCGGCCAACUGAACGAUUGGCAUAGCCGUGUCAUUGCUCGCCAAAUUGUCCUCGCCAUACAAUAUAUGCAUUCGAAAUCUAUUGCUCACAGAGAUAUUAAGCCAGAGAAUGUACUCGUCAUGCAAACAGACUUUGGUGGCCGUGUAGUCUUGACCGAUUUUGGUUUUGCAAAUUACCUCCACCAACAGACUGGCAGGCUGUUGUCCAAAGUCGGGACAAUAGGAUUCAUUGCACCGGAAGUCGACUGUACCGAUGCAGAGAAAGGUUACACCAAGGCUGCAGAUCUAUGGUCGCUCGGGAUCUUGACAGCUACAUUACUCACUGGCAGUUCCGCGGUUCCACGUGAAGAGCUACCACAACUGAGUCAGGUCCAGAUCGUCGAUCGCAUAUUUGGGAUGGAUCCUGACACCGCGGCUCACUGGCAGAAGCUGCCGCCACGAGCUAUGAGUUUCCUUCAUGGACUUUUGGUACUCAAUCCAGACAAGCGAUUGACUGCUACCGAAGCACUCGAUCAUUCAUGGUUCAAAAAGCCCUUAUCGGAAGCAGCGCUGCUUGAGGAACGAUACGAGAAGAUCAUCAGGUUCUGGAGGAAACGCGACGACGAUGAGAUGAUCGAGAAUCUUUCCGGUAGAGUCAGGGCCAGCCAAGAAGACCAGAUCGUUGCCUCCGCAUCCAAAUCUCGAAGAAAGGUUGCAGACAUCACCCCUUCCCCUUACUUUGGUCUCGACCGCCAUCUCCAACCGAAAAUGGCCUCGAAAAGAAAAGUGAUUCUGGAUUCGUUGAACGAGUCGGGCUCGCCAUUUCUGGUGACGGAACAGAAUCAGCACAAAACGCGGGUUGCUAACCCCACAACCCAGAUGCGAGACGUCGUGAACAUAGAAACUGUGAAGGGGAUCGAUUUGUUCGGGACCUUUCGUUCGUCAAAAGUUGCAAGUCAAGAAGAAUCAGACCUCGAUGAAAUAUGCCUCGUGCCAACGACUCCCUUCGUACCCCACAAUGAGAGGGAGUUUGGAUUCGACAUCAGUGAUCCCCUGGAGGCGCUAUCACCUCCAGCUGAAGCAAGAGAAGCAGAAACCAGGGAAGGAAGUGGCGGAAUCGGGAAGCGCAAGAGGUCGAGACGAGAGUCAGAAGAUGCAGAAGAGAGAAGCAUACGAGAUGGCGUCGCAAAGGCGAUGCCACGAUACAGUACGGCAAAAGCUCUAAAAGAUGCCGUCGAGAAAAAGAAACGAGAAAUGAAGAGCAGCAACUUGGCAGGGUUGGCAAUCAGAAGCUCCGUGCCAGCGGCUUGA